AUGGCAGACAAGAGGAUUGAAGAGGAAAUGACUAUGAUUCCAGCCGGUUCCGUUAGGGCACUACCUUACAGAAAUGGCUAUGAUUCCUGCCGAUUCUUUGAACUUGAGGAAUACGUUUGGACUAUUGUGGUGGUACUUUACAGUAUUCAGGGAAAAAUGGAUGUUCUUAACACAAUUGUUUCAAUUCUGUUUAUCUUGGUGUCGUGUCUAGGUUCAGUUGCUGAAGCAAUACGGAUUCGUACUACCUAUUAUAGAUCUUAUCGAUAUUACUACUACUAUGACUACACUACAUAUACUCUAUCCGCAGGUGUGAUAGCAGGUAUAGUGAUUGGAUCUCUGAUUGCUGUAGCCCUGUUAGUCGGCGGUAUCAUUCUGUGUUGUGUAUGCUGUUGUGGACAGCGACGGAACAGAUCACAGGCUGGGCAGGUCAUUGGAACACAACCCGCAUACCCCGCCGUUAGUACCAUCCAGACCAAUGCCACAGUUGCCUACUAUCCCACUGCCCCCGAAAAUGGCCCACAACAACCACAAGUUAAUCAAGGGCAUUACGCCCCUCCGCCAUCGUAUACCCAGGUGACUUCGGACGGCAACGUGAACUUUGGAUUCGAGGGCAACAAGGAGACACCUCGCGUUCCGCCGAGUUAGAUCUAUUUGGUGAACGGUGGGAGUUAUAAGACGACCGUUUAUGCUUGAUAUGGUAUAAAAAUAUAUAUGAACAAUUAAUAUUUAAUCGUGUUAAAGUAAU